AUGAUGAAUAUUAAUGAUCUUUUCGAUACUGUCUUCAGUGUCAACGGUAAUCAAAAUGGUGCAACAUCAACUAAUGCUUUAACUAUGGCAACAUCGUCAUCAUCAGAAAAUCCACCAGUACCAUCUCCUAAUUCAUUCAAUAUAAGUUACAAUGAUUACGAUGAACUUGAACAUCGUCCGAUAACACGUGAAAUUAUGUCUAAUUAUUUAUCAACACGUCGUCAUCGAACUGUAACAAUAUUUCAUGCGAAAGUUGCACAAAAAUCUUAUGGAAAUGAAAAACGAUUUUUUUGUCCACCACCUUGUGUUUAUCUAUCUGGUGAUGGUUGGACUAAUAAAUCUUGCUGUUCAUCGUCAUCAACCAAUGAACAAGAAAAUUUUUGUGCAACAAUUGGUAUUGGUGAACCAUUAUUUUCAAAUGAAAAUGAUAAUUGUUUAUCGAAUGAAAUGCAAAAUUUAACAUUUGAAACUGGAAAAAGAAAAUAUGGUUCAGCUAAAACAUUAUUUAUAUCUGAUUCUGAUAAACGGAAAUAUAUUAAUUUGAAUAUAAAACUUUUUUCGACAAAUAAUUAUCAUCCAAAUUCAUAUAUUGGAUUAUUUGAAAGUCGAAAAAUAAAAGUUAUAUCCAAACCAUCCAAGAAAAAACAAUCCGUUAAAAAUGCUGAAUCAGUAUGUAUUCAAUCAGGAACAAAAAUUGCUUUAUUUAAUCGUCUUAGAAGUCAAAAUGUUAGUACAAGAUUUUUACAUGUUGAUGAAACUAAUCAAUUCCAUGCAAGUGCUCAUGAAUGGGGAUCGUUUUAUAUACAUUUAGUUGAUAAUGAUGAAUCAUCAAUUGAAUCGAAUGAAUUUUCUGUAAAAGAAGGUUUUAUUCAAUAUGGUUCAACAGUUAAACUUGUUUGUUCAGUAACAAAUCAAUCAUUACCUUAUUUGAUUAUUCGAAAAGUUGAUAAAAAUUUUGUAUUAAUCGAAUCAGAUGAACCAGUUUCUCAAUUACAUAAAUGUGCAUUUGAAUUUAAGAAUAAUCCUACAAAUUUUAUUUAUUUAUCAUUAGUUAAUGAACGUAUUGUUGGCAUUGCGGGUAAACCAUGUGUGAAUGAACGUUUUCGUAUUAAUAUUAAUGAUUCAGCAUGUUGGACAAUAAUAUCAACAGAUAAAGCAGAAUAUACAUGGUUCGAAGGUAGAGGCCCUGUAACACAUCCAAUAGCUCCAGUUCCAGUUGCAAAACAUAUUGUUGUUGAUGGUGGUGGUUCAGCAGCAACAAUUGAAUUAGCUGGAGAGAAUUUUAUGCCAGGUUUAUCAGUAUGGUUUGGUGAAAUUGAAUCACCUUGUACAGAAUAUCGAUCAACACAAACUAUUAUUGCUGAAGUUCCACAAUUUUCAUCCAUUAUGCCGAAUAUGCCAUGGAUUCAACGAGCUAUAUCAACACCAAUAUCACUUGUACGUCGUGAUGGUAUUAUUUAUUUAACACCAUUAGUUUUUACAUAUACACCUGAACCAGCAGGUAUUCAAAAGCCAUUGACACCAGAUAAUAUUAUUUCAACAACAGCUAAAAACUUUUGUGAAUGA